AGAAAAAAAAUACUCGCAGUAGUGCUCCCAAAACAGCCUGGGGCGCCUCCUGCAGGCCGCGUGUGUAUCGACGGAGUGCCUGUUUUUUUUUGUUUUUUUUUCCAAUCUUUUUUUUUGUGCUCGUCCAGCCAGAAUGAUUGCGAACAUCGCGUCCCGAAAGUUUUGGCUCGGGAAAGCUCGUCGUGUACGCGCGUGGGCGCUUGCCGCGACCAGUCGCGCCAUCCACGUGGACGCGCCGCCGAUCGUCCCCACGCUGACGAGCAGUUACGCGCACGGCACGUCGUCGUCGUCGCUGCUCGACGUCACCGUGGGCGACGCCCUCGCCCGGGCGGCCGACAGGUGGCCCGACAGGGAGGCCGCCGUCUUCGUACGAGACGACGUGCGCAAGACCUUUGCGCAAUUUCACCAAGACGUGGAGCGCGCGGCGGCCGGCCUCCUGGCUCUGGGCCUACGGCGGGGCGAGCGCCUGGGCAUGUGGGGGCCCAACACGUACGAAUGGCUCCUGUUCCAGUUCGCCACGGCCAAGGCCGGACUCAUCAUGGUGUCCGUCAACCCGGCCUAUCAGGCGGAGGAGGCGGAGUUCGCACUGAGGACGGUAGGCUGCAAAGCGGUGGUGUGUCCCGAGGCGUUUAAGACCCAAAAGUACUGCGACAUGUUGCGGCUCAUCUGUCCGGAGAUUCCAGCGUGCCCCCCCGGAGACAUCCGGAGCAGCAGACUUCCCGACCUCCGCUGCGUGAUCGCGCUGGGCGGCCGGCAGCCCGGAAUGUUCCACCUGGACGACGUCAUGCAGGCGGGCGACGACCGGUCCCUGCGCCUGCUGCACCGGAUCGGGAACGAGUUGUCGUGCGACGAUCCCGUCAGCAUCCUCUUCACCUCGGGAACGACGGGCCGUCCCAAAGGCGCCACCCUGACUCAUCACAACGUGGUCAACAACGCUUUCUUCGUGGGAAAGCGCGUCGGCUUUGACUGGCGGCCCGCCACGCGAGUCUGCCUGCCCGUGCCGCUGUACCACUGCUUCGGAUCGGUGGGGGGCGGCAUCUGUAUGGCCGUCCACGGCCUCUCGCUGGUCUUCCCUUCGCCCCAGUACAGCGGGAAAGACAAUCUGGCCGCCAUGCAGAGCGAGAAGUGCACCUUCGUCUACGGCACGCCCACCAUGUACGUGGACAUGACGACCCAUCCCGACGUCCGCCGCUUCGACCUCUCGUCUGUCGUCGGAGGCAUCAUCGCCGGCUCGCCGUGCCCCCCUCAGCUGGUUCGGAACGUCAUGUCUGUCUUGGGCAUCCAGGAAGUGACGAUCGGAUACGGCACCACGGAGAACAGUCCUGUCACCUUCUGCGGCUCGCCGUUGGACAACCUGCGUAGGAAGUGCGAGACGGUCGGCUACAUCAUGGACCACACUGAGGCCAAAAUCGUGGACCCGGCCAGCGGCCGGACGGUUCCUUUGGGUUCUUCCGGUGAGAUCCUGAUCCGAGGGUACUGCGUCAUGUCGGAGUACUGGAACGACCCGGACAAAACCUGCGAGAGCAUCGGAAAAGACGGCUGGUACAAGACCGGAGACGUCGGCCGCCUGGACGCCUUCGGAUACUGCCGCGUCGAAGGUCGCAUCAAGGACGUCAUCAUCAGGGGAGGCGAAAAUGUCUACCCGGCAGAAAUCGAACAGUUCCUGCACGGCCACCCCAAUGUCAAAGAAGCGCAGGUGGUGGGCGUGAAGGACGCCCGCAUGGGCGAGGAGAUUUGCGCCUGCAUCCAAGUCAAGGACGGGCAGCGGUUGACCGAGGACGACGUCAAGACUUUCUGCAGGGGAAAGAUCUCUCACUUCAAGAUUCCGCGCUACGUGGUCUUCGUCGACAGCUUUCCGCUCACCGUCACGGGAAAGGUGCAGAAGGGGCGACUGCGUCUGCGGGUCGAGGAGCAGCUGGGACUCGCGGAGGCCGUGUGAGCCCCUUUCACGUCGGCCCGCCGCUCGUCAAGCUGUCAAUCGUCUUGCCCGUCAACGAGAAAUAAAUGUGAUCGUCAAACAUCCUCGAGUCACUGCGGUCGCCACGCCGGACUUGUCGCCCGUCACCGGCGGCGGGGUCAGCGUCAGCGCCGCCACGUGCGCAAACGGACGCCGGUUAGCCGUCACUGACGCCGGCGGCCGAUGCGGGGCCGCCGCCGACUUGUCGGCGUCAUGAAGAAAGAUGUUGCUGCGUUGGCAGGUAAGAAGAAGACAGGAACCGGGGUGUGUGGCGCGCUAUCAAAAUAAAAGCUUUAAUACUGUCAGGGUCAAGA